AAGCUGUGGCCAUUUUGCGACGCGUCCGAGAGAUAGACUUGCUGAGUUGCUGUCUCGUGGUCGAGGAAAAAAGAAAGCAAUACACCGUGACUUUUGGUUUCACCAUAUCGGUGGUGUUUUAAAUAGUACCAGAUCCGUUGAUUCGCCUGUGGUGGCAGUUCUAAUAAAGCCAAGAAUGGCAGUAGUCAUCCGCCUCCAGGGGCUUCCUAAUCUUGCUGGCUCUGUUGAUAUUCGAAAUUUCUUCAGUGGACUGAAUAUUCCAGAUGGAGGUGUUCAUAUCAUUGGUGGAAAACUUGGUGAAGCUUUCAUUAUAUUUGCAACAGAUGAAGAUGCUCGUCGAGCAAUGAGCCGUACUGGAGGAUUUAUAAAGAAAUCACAUGUUCAACUUUUUCUCAGCAGUAUGGCAGAACUGCAAGGUACUUUAGAUAUGAAUCGUAAAGGAGGCAGACAUUUUGAGUCUGGAGCAGCAGAUGUGUCCAAGCUAUUGGCAGUGAUUAAGAAAGGGAUACAUCAAAAUAAGUUUGAUGAUCGGAACCUGGUUGAUGACUUUGAUAGAGUAAGACAUAAUGAAUCUACACCAAAAUCUAAUUACUAUGGCAGGGAAGAAACAUCCUCUUUCAAAGAGGAAGAUAGUGUUUAUCUAUUUUUAUAUGGUCUUCCAUACAGUGUAUCAGUUGAUGAGAUAAAAAACUUUUUUCAUGGCCUUGCUGUUAUAGAUGUUCAUUUAGUAAAGCGUCCAAAUGGUCUCUUUAGUGGAAAUGGUUAUGUUAAGUUUGGUAGUGUUCAGGAUGCAAAUGCAGGGUUGCAGCUUAAUAAUGAAUACAUUGGACAUAGGUUUAUUUCUAUUAAGAAGUGCACUGAAGAAGAAUGGAUCAAUGCUGGUGGCAAAGUUCAGCAAGUACGUGAAUCUGUUCACAAAGGUCGAGAAAAUCCUUUUAAAUCUCCAAAUGAUGGCUUUUCCAAAAUUCGAUCUCACUCCAGAUCUCCUCCAAGGAAAUUAAGAGCACGAUCCCGUUCACCACAAAAUCAACAGUUUUAUAUACAUCUGAAGAACUUGCCAUAUGGGGUGGAAAAGAAAGAAAUUAAGUAUUUCUUUGGAGAACCAGAUAUGCCUGAGACACACAUCAAAUUUUUACUUGACAAGCGCAACAACAGGUCAAGAGAAGGCUUUGUUAUGCUACAAAAUGAGAGACAAUACCAGAAGUGUCUUGAUUUAAACAAAAAUAUGUUAAGUGGUCGGCCAAUUUUCAUAUUGCCCAUUUCUAGAAAAGCAGUGGUGGAGUUGAUUGAAUCCUAUGAAAGGCAAACACCACCCAAAAGGGAUAAUUCACAAGAGAGAAAUAUUUCUGCCAUGAAUUUCAGAGAUUCUCCAGUAAGAAAAUGUAUAUAUGUACGAAAUUUUCCCUUUGAUAUAAGUAAACGGGAAGUUCAGGCCUUCUUUGGUGCAUAUUCUGUGUCUGAAGAAGAUAUUGCAUUGCUUUAUGAUGGUAAAGGAUUAGGUCUGGGAGAAGCUCUGAUAACAUUUCCAUCUGAACAAAAGGCUCUCUUGGCUGAAAGCUUGAAUCGUCAGAAAUACUUGGGAACUGAAGUCUUAUUGACACGCAUCUCUGAUGAACAAAAAAAAGAAUUUGGUUCAAGUGCAUCUAGGAAUUCACCUACUUACAGAAAAGCUUAUAUGGAAAGUUCAUAUGGUUCUUCCAAGCAUUCACUUGGUUUCCCUGAUGUCGUUAGACCAAGUUCUCGAGAUUUUGGGAAUCCCAUGGAUGAUUUUAGAGCUCCUUUCCCUAAUGAUUUUGGUGAAGGUUUUGGAGUAUUUAAUAUGAGACGCCAAAAUGUGGUAGAUUUAAAUGAAGCAGGACCAUUUGCUAACCAGAAUUUAAGUGGAAGACCAAGGAAUGUAACAAAAGUGCAGAUUAAGAAUAUGCCAUACACUUCCACAGUUGAAGAAGUUCUAGAUUUUUUCUAUGGUUAUAAUGUGAAUCCUGGGUCUGUUAGAAUAACACUUACAAAAGAAGGGAAAGCCACAGGAAGAGCUACAGUUUCCUUUGAAACAUAUGAAGAAGCAUUGGCUGCUGUCAAUGAACUCAAUGAGCGACCUAUUGGAGAACGUAAAAUUAUUUUAAGCUUGAUUCGCAAAAAAAUUCCAAAAGUGUAGAUUUGAAGCACAUUUUGGUGUGACAGCUGAGAAUUAUUUCAAUGUUUUUUGUGAAUUGUUCUAAAAAAUUUUUUUUCAUUUGUUAGAUCAUACCCUAGUGCUGUAUCUUUGCACAAUUAAUCAGAAAAUGACUCUGAAAGAUGUUGGGAAUUAUGUUCUGUGCAUUCCUUAUUUUGCUUUUAUUAACAUUGUUUAAAUGCAGAAGUUCUUUUACUUUCAAUACCUUUUCUGGUGGUGAUAAAUUCUGGAUUAAAAUGAAUACUUUGUAUAAUGUCUUCAGUUUUCAUUAGUAAAGUAUGACAACAAAUUUUGUUUGAUUUAUUUUAGCCAUCAAAAGUCCUCUUUAGUUAAUAUCUAUACUGAUGCAAAGCUAGAUAUUUCUUUUUUUUUUUAUUACACCUAAAGUAUUUUCCCUGUCAAGUGGCUUUUUUUUGCCCAACAGUUUACACAUUUACUUUACUAUGCACUCAUUUAAUGGAUAACUGGAGUGGAAAAAAGUCCCAUUGUUUUUAUUGUAAGCUUUCCCGGUGUUCAUUAAAUCUUAAUUUCUAAUUUCACUGAAAGAUUUUUGUUUGUGCCAAAGGACUUAAUAAAAGCAUGUUUGUCCCCUUUGA